GCCAAUGGCCGCAGCGGCUGCGAUAUCAGGUAAGCAGUUGAGCUUCAACAAGUCCCGCGCCGACCGGCCAGCAAGAAUCAGUACCCUAGCCGCCGCCGCCUCCACACCUUCAAGUUCGUCGGCGCUCUUCUCCUUUCGCUUUCUUCCGCCCGUCGGGACGUAUCUUCUCUGCUCUGUGGUAAACUGGUAGGUAAAGAGUUCUUUCCCGCCUCCGCAGAGAGAAAAAGAUGAGAAAUUUGGAACUGGAUAGUAAGAGGAUGAAGAGCAAGAAAAAGAGACGUGAGAAUGAUGUAGAGGUCGAAGUUAAGAACGAAGAAAAGAGUCACGAAAGGAAUCCAGGGGACGGGAAGAAGAAGAGAAGAAGGGAAACGAAGAACAAUGGUGAAUUGGUGACAGUCAGUGAAGCAAACAGUUUGGUUGAAGCAGAGACGGUGAAGAAGAUGAAGAAGAAGAAGAAACAAAGAAAGGAGAUUGUGGCGAAGAUUGCUCCAGUCGAAGAGUCCGAUCAGGUUGAUGAUGGCUCUGCCAGGCAAAGUGGUAAAUCAAUGAAAUCCAAGAAAGACAAGAAGAAAAACAAGAUGAAGCCGGUGGUUGCAUCAGAAGGAGUUGGCAUGCAGAGGAAAACAGAAAAACAAGAGGAGGAUGUCUACUGCCUGUCAUCAGGCGAUGAAGACUGCUCAAAAGGGAUGAAAAAAUGGCUUACAGAGUACAACGAAAGUAGACCAGGUUUGAGGGCAUUGCAACAACGAAUAGAUGACUUCAUAAUUUCUCAUGAAGAAAAACUCGAAGAGGAGAAAAAAGAAAGAGAAGCUCAAGCUGCAGAUGGUGGUUGGACAGUUGUUGUACAUCAGAGAGGAAGGAAAAAGACGACGGAUCCUGAGAGUGGGAUCGCUGUGGGCUCCGCCGUUCCAGUUGCCAAAGUCGAUGACAUCACAACCAAGAAGAAACGCAACGAAAUAGGGGUAGAUUUUUAUCGGUUUCAGAAGAGAGAAGCUCAUAUGAAUGAAAUCUUGCAACUCCAGAGCAAAUUCGAGGAGGACAAGAAGCGGAUUCAGCAACUCAGGGCUGCAAGAAAGUUCCGACCGUACUGAGUUCCAUUGAUCAUUGGAGGAUCUAAGGGGAAUGAUUCUGAUUGCUGAACUGACUGGACGCAUAUUCAGUUUGGUUUCGCCACACAGAGACACUCUCAUGUUUAUCAAGUUUAGUUUUCUUGCAUAGAACAUUGUAUGAUAGAAAUUGCUAUGGUUGGGGUUGCCAAAAGCUGUUUUCCUGCUGGGUUGACUCCGAUUUUGAAGGUGGACUUGAGCCGUGGGAUUUUACUGACUCAAAUUCUCAGCCAUCUCAAACUUCUUCCCCAGUGAAUGGCUUAUGCUUCUGAUGGUUGGCUGUAAUUCAAUUGUGCAACUAAUCUCUAUUGUAAUUUUUUAGCAUACUCUAUUAUGAGGUUUUACUUAGAUGGUACCAUACCAUUCUUUUGUUUUGUCAUAUGAAAUAGAGAUACAAU